AUGUGGGUUGAGUCAGCCAGUGAGGUACGGAGAGAUGGAAGGGUCUUGGAUUUGAUUAAUGAUACUUGUCAAGAGGACAAGCUGCCUUAUGAGGAGGUUGCAAUAAGGCUGAAUGAGCUUCCCAAACCUGAACAGGGCAACGGUGGCACCACAGGGUCUGUUGAAGAACGAGAAACACCGUGGACCAGUUUGGCCUUACGGUGCCUCCAUGAAAACAUUCCCCUCCCAGGAAACAGACAAUUGGCUCCUUCUUCAUGGAUGGAUUAA